AUGUCGGCAGACAUGGCGGCCCCGUCGUCGACCGCAGCCGCCGCCAUCAAGGCCGCGAAACGGUCGCUCAGGAAGUCGAUGGCAGUGACGCUAGCGGGCAUGGCCAGGGAAGACAUCGCCUCCCAAUCACAGAGAGUCGCGCGCAAGGUGCUUACCUCCCCCACCUAUCACAGCGCCCGUUCCAUUAGCGUCUACGUCAACAUGGACGUCGGCGAGGUCAUGACCGACGACAUCUGCCGAGCCAUCCUGAGAGACGGAAAGAGCCUCUACGUGCCGCUGUUUGCCUCGCCCGUCGAUCCGGCGGCGGCCAAGGGGCCCACAGUCGAUGCCGCGCCCGCACCUGCGGCCACGACGUUUGCGACCGACAUGGUCAUGCUGCGGCUGCGGGACCUUGCAGAGUACGAAGCGAUGAAGCUCAACCGGUGGGGGAUCAAGGAGCCGGAGCUCACCUACCAAGACGGAACCUUGCGCGAAGAAGCGCUGACCGAGUCGACCGGUGGUGACGGCUUGGACCUCAUCCUGGCGCCCGGCGUCGCCUUUGACGUUGACGGCGGUAGACUCGGCCACGGCAAGGGCUACUAUGACCGUUACUUCACGCGCGCCGACCAGUGGGCGCAGGGGAGAGGCAGGCCGGGUCCUGUCACCGUGGCGCUGGCCCUUUCGCAGCAAGUUCUGGCCAGCGAGCUUCGGGUCCCUGCCGACGAGAGGGACCACGUCCUGGACGCCAUCCUCUCGCCGGAACUCUGCAUCAGGCCCUCGCGCACCGCCUCGCGCUGGAUCCCGGGAGAGGAAUGA